AAAAUACACUUUUAACAGUCUUGUGAGCAACAUCCCGAUAAUUGUGCGGUGAAGAAAUCAAUAAAUUUGUUUUAUUUCUCUUAAAACUAAGAAAAAACUUUUACAAGAAACAUGCCUCGCCCAACCACAACCGGAGUCUUCCAUCAAUACCUCGAGAUGAUUGGUCGCAACGAACCUCACACUCACAAGGCUCGCUUCUGGACGUCCUACGUGAGAGGCUUGGGAGGAGCUGAAGAAUUCAUCGCUGGCAACAAGAAAAAGUGCAACAAGAGAUGCCGCCCAUGGGAAUGCCAAAGCUGCAAUCAAGAAAAGACUGUGCGAGAAAAGGUCCGUGAACCCGACUACCAUUACGCUCCAUUGUCUCGCAGCACAUACGGACAUUCCCCACGGAAAACUGGGCAAGCCAGCAUCUAUUGCAGCUUGGGAUAUGAAUAAAUGUGCAACAUUUAUUAUUCAAAAAAACAGUAUAUGCACUUAAAUUUAUUAACACAGCAAAAAAAAAUUUUUUGAGCAUUAACCAACAACGAAACAACGAUCCGCCAAAUAAACAGCAACACACGAACAAAUAUUGGUUGGAAACAAAUACAAAAAGUUCAAAUAAUAAUUCGAAACAAAUUCAGUAUGAAUUCAAACAAGGCAAAUGUUGUGCAAAACAUUAUAACGCAAAACUAUAAAAGUAAAUUUAAAUUUUAUUUGAUUAUAGUAGAAAGUUAGGUGUUGUUGUGUGAGUUUAUGAAUUACAUUUUAAGGCACAAAAAAAAAGAAAUAUAUAAUUUAAUAAUAAUGAAAUAUUGUUACAAUGCAAUAUGUAUAAAUUAUGAAGAUAUUCUAAAAAUGAAAAAUAAAAAAAAAUAUUUAAAAGUAAGGAAAAC